AUGUGCCAGCAAAAUUGUGUCAAACUUGUUGCUCCUUUUGCCGGAGAUCCUGAAAAAUAUUGCUUACCUUGCUUUACCACCGGCAUGCGUUUUUCUGCCUCUCAAAAACCCGAACGAACUGAAUAUUAUAAUCAACUAAUUAGGCAGGCUCAAAAAGAAUUAGAAAAUAGAAAAUCAACCACUGCUAAGAAAAUAGAAAAAAAGUUUGAAGGGAGGGUAGUUAAUCUUUGUGCUGAGAAUUAUGUCAAAAGAGAUGACAUACAAUUAAAUUUGGAAUCCUCUUUUGAUGAACACCUUAAUCAUCAUUCUAAAUUUAAUAAUCCCGAUCGACUGGAAAAAGACCUUUCUCAUUGGGCAGAAAAAGAAAUAGAGCCAGGCGAAAUAAUAGUUUUAGAGGGAAUUAAUGCCCUACAAGAUGAGGAGAUCCGAAACAUGGCUGACUUAAAAAUAUACAUUGAAGCCGAUGAAAACGUGCGGCUAAUGCAAAGCACUAAUCUUUCGGAAAAAAAACAUGUUGUUACUACUAGAGAGCGUGCCGAUUUAAUUGUUUGCUCUAACAAUUGGCAAGAGUUUGAAAAAGAGAUUGAAGGAAUUUUUAAUUAUAUUGAAUCUUUACUUAAAAAUGAUCGAGAGGAGUUAAAAAAGCAAUUGCCCGAAUUGGCACUGCCAAAAGACAAAAAAGAUGGAAUUUAUCAAGAACUUGACAGUGUCAUUUCAAACCUAACAAAAAAAAUUAAAAUUAAAAAGCAAACCAGCGAGGGAGCGAUUGAGUCAUUGGAAAAUUUGGAAGAAGAAACUAAAGAACUAAAAAAUUUAAAAAAGUUAUUAGAACAGAUCCAAGGAGAGGAAAUGCUGAAAGUUAAAAUUGAA